GAGUGCGCCCCGCAGCUCAGGUCGGUGCUGUGCCACCGCAAGCGCCUCACCUCCAUCCCCGAGGGCAUCCCCACCGAGACCAAGAUCCUGGAGCUCAACAAGAACCGAAUCCGUUGCCUCAACCCCGGGGACCUCUCCCCGUACCCGCUGCUGGAGGAGCUGGAUUUCAGCGAGAACAUCAUCUCCAACGUGGAGCCGGGAGCCUUCGGCAACUUGUUCAACCUGCAGACCCUGCGGCUGCGGGGCAACCAGCUCAAGCUCAUCCCUCCGGGGGUCUUCACCAAGCUGACCAACCUCACCCUCCUGGACAUCAGCGAGAACAAACUCGUCAUCCUGCUGGACUACAUGUUCCAGGACCUGCGAAACCUGAAGAGCCUGGAGGUGGGGGAUAACGACCUGGUGUACAUCUCCCAACGGGCCUUCUCAGGGCUGCUGGGCCUGGAGCAGCUGACCAUUGAGAGGUGCAACCUGACCUCCAUCUCGGCCGAGUCGCUCUCCUACCUCCAGAACCUGGAGGUGCUGCGGCUCCGGCACCUCAGCAUCUCUGCUCUGGAGGACCAAAACUUCAAGAAGCUCUACAACCUCCUGCAGCUGGAGAUCGACAACUGGCCGCUGCUGGAAGACGUCUCCCCCACCAGCUUCCAGGGCCUGAACCUCACCUCGCUCUCCAUCACCUACACCAACAUCACAGCCGUGCCCGCCGCUGCCUUGAGGAACCUGGUGUACCUCCGGUACCUGAACCUGUCCUACAACCCCAUUAGCACGGUGCUGAAGGGCUCUUUUAAAGACCUCAUCCGGCUCCAGGAGCUCCACAUCGUGGGCGCUCUCCUGGUCUCCGUGGAGCCGCAGGCUUUCUCCGGCCUGAGACAAAUCCGGCUGCUCAACCUCUCGGGGAACUUUCUCUCCACGCUGGAGGAGAGCACCUUCCACUCGGUCAACACGCUGGAGACGCUGCGGGUGGACAGGACCCCCCUGGCCUGCGACUGCCGCCUCCUCUGGAUCCUGCAGCGCAGGAAGACGCUCAACUUCGACGGGCAGCAGCCCGUGUGCUCCUCGCCCCCCGAGAUCCAGGGCGACGCCCUGAGGGACUUCCCGGACUCGGUGCUCUUCGAGUACUUCACCUGCCAGAAGCCCAAGAUACGGGAUCGGAAGCUGCAGCACGUGACGGCGCGGGAGGGACAGUCGGUGACCUUCCUCUGCCGGGCGGACGGGGAGCCGGACCCCUCCAUCUCCUGGGUGUCCCCCCAGCACCGCAUGAUCGGCGGUGGGGGCGCCCCCGUGCUGCCCGGGGGCACCCUGGAGAUCCGCUUCGCCCAGGUGCAGGACAGUGGCACCUACAUCUGCAUCGCCAGCAACGCGGGGGGCAACGACACCUACUUCGCCACCCUGACGGUGACGGGGCGCCCGGGGGACAGGUCCCCCCGUGCCAACCGGACUCUGUACCUCGGGGACUUCAACGACACGGCCCACAACGACACGCAGGUCUUCUUGAAGUUCACCUUGGACCUCAAGACCAUCCUGGUCUCCACGGCCAUGGGUUGCAUCACUUUCCUGGGCGUGGUGCUCUUCUGCUUCCUCCUCCUCUUCGUCUGGAGCCGGGGCCGGGGGCAGCACAAGAACAACUUCUCGGUGGAGUACUCCUUCCGCAAGGUGGACGGGCCCACCACCACCACCGGCCAAGGGGGAGCCAGGAAGUUCAACAUGAAGAUGAUCUGA